AUGGAGUGUGACAGUACUUGUAGAGAAGACCCGUUUCACUAUAGAGGAUAUGGGGAGGAUGGAGCCAGUAUAGCAAUAAAUUUGAAAACAAUUGCUGUCGAUGUGAAAAUACCUGAACCGUCUUACCCCUAUUAUGAGGAGAGGGUAAAUGUGGAGUCAGUCAUUGACAAAAUCACUAAUCCCUUAGCAGUCACGGAUGAAGUAUACUUUCCCAUUUCUAGAUUAUCGCCAUCACAGAGAGCUAUCAGACCUUCAACCCACAAGUAUCAGAAUGGUAAUACUACGGAUCAGCGGCCUUCCAUUACCCGAACCGCUCACCUUGUUGCGGCCUUUCAUCGAGAGAAUUUGCGUAAACAUCGCAGAAUAAGGCGUAGUCAUCUAACGACCCCAAGUUCAAAUGAAAAUCGUUCUGAAGUGGAUGACGAAAAUGUGAAUCAAAAUGCCAAUAGAUGUGUUUAUCGGACAUAUGUUCAAAAAAGGGUCCUUACCGAUAAAAAUGGUGCCACUCCUAAAUUAGAAAUUGCUGCAUAUAGACAAACAGAUGAUCUUUCUUUCCAACUUAAUAGAAUGUCACUUUUUGAUAGCAAGGAAAACGCUAUCUCCACUGUGAACUCAGAUGAAAAUAUAACUGAGAUGGAAGUUUGA